GCGCAUGCUCGCGCGGCGGAGAGGGCCGCCCUGACGCAGAGCGCGGCGGCCGACCGAAUGCUCGACUUCAUAGCCAUGUACAGAGCGAGGGUCGACGGCCUGACGGACGAGAAUACAAGGCUGAGGCGUCAGCUGUUGCACGAGCUGAGGAGCACGUCGCGGGACAGGCUGAACGAGAGGCGUCGGGGCGUGGUGCUGUCGCUGCUAGAGCGGACCGCAGAGCCCGCGAUGGAGCUGCUGGAGCAGCGUGGCCAGUUCGACUCGCAGGGUGACCAGUCUGACUCGCAAGAUGACCAGUCUGACAACGUCUCGGCAGACUACUACUGCGACGAGGGCGAAGAUACCA